AACAUACAUAGAUAUAUAUAUAAUAAUAAUUAACAAAAUGUCAACACUAGAAUUAGACCCUCAAUUUAUACAAGGUUUAAGAUUAUUACAUUCUACAAAUAAAGAUUCUGCUGAACAAUUAAGAGCACUUUUAGAUGAAGUAAUUAAACAAAAAUAUGGUCCAUCUAAAAUGCUUUCCAACGUGCUACAUAAAAAGUAUAUGAUGGAAGAACCAGUCUUAAGUGACCACAGUAGUAGCAGCAGUAGUAAAAAAAGUAAAAGUUCUUCCAAACAUUCGAGUAAAUCAAGCAAGAACAGUUCGCCUGUUAAUUUACCAGCACGUGAUACUCCACCAGAGAUUAUUCAAUCGGAUGAUACAUUAGCAAUGGAAAUAUUAGAAGAUGAUUUAACUUGUGUUAUUUGUAAAGGAAUGGAUGUUGGUGCAAGAAACAGACUUGUUGAAUGUGUAGAAUGUCAUUCUUUGUAUCAUCAAGAGUGUCACGUUCCACAUAUAUUAGAUUCACAAAUAGACGUUCCAAAGGUCGUUUGGUAUUGUUCUAAUUGUACAAAAGCUCAGACACCAAAAGAAAGAAGUUCUCCAAAGACUGUGAUAGAUAGUAAGUCGAAAGAACCCAAAAAAUCAAAUUCAAGCUCGAAGCACUCAGAAAAAUACAAAUCAUCAUCACAUAAUGUAAAUCAAUCACAACCUAUUAAUAGAAAUAGUUUUCCAUCUGGCAUAGGUGGUGGAACCAAGGUGGUACCCAACAUUCAUAUCAUUAGUGCAGAUAAAAGAUUGAAGGAUAUGAUGAAAAAGGCUAAACAAGAGAAGCGUAGUACUAACAGCAGCUCUAGUUCCAAAAAUUCAUCUUCUACUGCAACUACGAGUUCUUCAGGGAAAUCUUCUCAAGACAAAUCUGUAAUGUAUAAAAUCAAAUCAGGAGUCGAAUGAGUUGUUUUAUUUUAUAACAAAUAUAUAUAUAUAUAUAUAAUG